AUGCGUUCCCCAUAUCCCGAUGUCACAAUCCCCGACGUGGAUCUUUGGACGUACAUGUUUGAGCGGAAAGAGCUUCCUUACAGUCCCGACAAAGUCCUAUUCCACGAUACCAAUUCGACGCGAAAGUACCCAUACGGUCACCUUAGAACGACGGCCUUGACGUUUGGACAGUCUCUCUGCACAGAAUGGAAAUGGCAGAAAAAGGAUGUUCUCGCCAUCUUCUCUCCCAACGACAUCGACUUUCCAGCAGUAGUUCUCGGGUGUCUGUGGGCUGCAGGCACUGUCACGACAGCAAACCCAGCAUACACCGCAGCCGAGCUCACUACACAGCUUCAAGAUUCGGGUGCGAAAGCUUUGGUGACGCAUCCAGCAUGCCUAAAGACUGCCUUAGAGGCUGCGAAGCGUAGUGGUAUUCCACAAAACAGAAUCAUCUUGCUUGGUGGCAGCGGUGGAAAUCAAGAGUUGAAACAUUUCACAGCCAUAAGAAGCUUCAGCUUCUUGGGACGUGGAAACAUUGCACGGCCGUGCACAAUCGAUCCCAAGAAUGAUAUCGCGUUCCUCGUCUAUUCGAGCGGAACCACUGGGAAACCGAAAGGCGUAAUGCUUUCGCACAGAAACCUGGUCGUGAACUGCCUACAGGUCGACACAGCAUGGGGACAAUUUCUAUCCUCCGGCACCCAAACCGGCGAAGGCGCACGCUCGAUCUUGUUCCUCCCCAUGUACCACAUCUACGGCUUGAUGGUCCUCACCUGGUCCGCAUUCAAAGGCUACGAAACCUUCACAAUGCCCAACUUCGAUCUCCUGAAAUUCUGCGAAAUUGUCGAGAAAGAGAAAAUCACACAUAACUUCGUUGUCCCCAAAGUCAUCCUCGGCCUCGCAAAACACUCCAUUGUCGCAAAGUUCGACUUGAAAAGUCUGAGAAUGCUCAUCUCCGGCGCGGCGCCUUUGACCCAAGAUCUUGCGAAUAUGUGCUAUGCACGCCUCAAAAUCCCCAUCGCGCAGGCGUAUGGUAUGAGUGAGACGAGUCCUGCUACGCAUGUUGUGCCGUGGGAACAAUGGGAAAAUGGAAUCGCAUCGGUUGGUCGACCGAUUUCCAACACUGAAGCCAAAAUCGUUUCUCUCGAUGGCGGUGAUGCGGAACUGGGUUCCAAUCAAGAAGGCGAGCUUUGGAUCCGAGGCCCGCAGGUUUUCAAAGGCUAUCACCACAAUCCUACCGCUACGGCCAACUGCCUCACGCCAGAGGGUUGGUAUAAAACUGGUGAUGUCGCGUAUGUUAAUGAGAAGGGUUUCUUUUAUAUCACCGAUCGUGUCAAGGAAUUGAUCAAGUAUAACGGUUUCCAAGUCGCGCCCGCCGAACUCGAAGGUCUCCUCCUCGCCCACCCCCAAGUCGAAGCCGCGGCCGUCAUUGGACUUUUUUACGAAGAGAUCGCGACCGAAGUUCCGAGAGCGUAUGUCGUUGUCAAGAAAGGUGUGGAGAAGACGAGGGAGACGGCGGAAGGGAUUGCGGGUUGGUUGAAGGAUCGUACGGCUCAUCAUAAAUGGUUGAGAGGGGGGGUGAAGUUCGUGGAUGAGAUUCCCAUGAAUCCGAGUGGGAAGAUUUUGAGGAAAGAAUUGAAGGCUUUUGCGGAGAGGGAGGGGAGGGGGAGGGUUUGGAAGCUGUAG